CUCGGUGGGACCUUCCUUUUUCUCUCCCCCAAAAAGUUCAGUUUUUUUUUUGUAACACGGUGAGAUAUGAUAUGAACCCUAAACAUCAGAAACUCAAUCUCUUUUAGUGCUUAUCCUUUGAUUGGCUAACACCAGAUCAGAAACUCGUCGGUUGUUUCUCGGGGAACUAUGGAAGCCGAAACUGUACGAAAAAUCGAGGAAACAGUGAGGGAUGUACUCAAAGAAGCCGACAUGGACGAGAUGACCGAGUUCAAGCUCAGAGUCGCCGUUUCGUCUCGACUCGGUCUGGACCUCUCGGGAAUGGAGCAGAAGAAGCUAAUCAGCAACGUACUGGAUUCCUUCCUGCUCUCUACCCCCGAAAAUGAAUCUCCGGUGACGGAGACGGCCGCGGUGAAGAGGGAGGUUGGUGCCGGUGAAGAUGAGCGCACUAUCUGUAAGUUGUCGGAGAACAGGAAUGCUGUGGUGCGCCGUUAUAGAGGCAGAGCUUUUCUAUCGAUGGGGGAGCACUCAGUGGGAAACAGAAAACAGCAUCCUGCAUUUAGAGGAGUGAAUUUGUCAACGGACGAGUGGUCAGCCAUCAAGACGAAUAUCCCUGCAAUAGAGGAAGCUAUUAAGAAGUUACAGUCAAGAUCAUCAAGAUCUCAAUCUACCCAAAAUGGAGAUGCAUCCGGUGCAGUGGAUGACACUUCUCAUCAAUUUUUUCAUGUCGAGACUUCACGUUUUGAUGGGAAGAAUUACCUUUGCUGGGUGUCGCAGAUGGAAAUAUUUUUGAAGCAAUUGAAUCUGGCUUAUGUUCUCACUGAACCUUGUCCGAGUAGCUCUUCAGCUCCUCAAACCAACCCUAAUGAAACAACUCGCUCUAAAGCUGCAAAACAAAACUGGAUAAGAGAUGACUACUUUUGCCACCAUCACUUGUUGAACUCCUUGUCUGAUCAUCUUUAUCAUCAGUACUCGAAGAAGAACUUCAAAAGUGCCAAAGAAUUGUGGGAUGAGUUAAAGUGGGUCUACCAGAUUGAAGAAUCCAGCUCAAGGUCUCAUGUCAGAAAGUACAUGGAGUUCAAAAUUGUUGAAGAGAGGCCGAUUCUCGAACAAGUCCAAGACUUUAAUAAGAUUGCAGAUAACAUAAUCAGUGCUGGCAUGUUUCUCGAUGAGAAUUUUCACUUAAGCGCCAUCAUUUCCAAGUUCCCACCUUCUUGGAAAGGGUUCUGCAUCAAGUUGAUGCAGGAGGAGUUCUUACCGGUCUGGAUGUUGAUGGAACAUGUAAAAGCCGAGGAAGAGUUUCGAAGAUAUGGAACAAGGAAGGACAUGACUAGAAUCAUGACAAACUUUCACAUGGAGAGGAGAAUGAGUACGGGAACAAGACAGAGAGGAACGCAGAACCUUGGUUGGAAGAGGAAAGGAGCUGAGAGACAAGCAAGACCUAUCAUGGUCUGUAACAACUGUGGCAAGAAGGGACAUCCCACAAAGGAUUGCUGGGCUAAGAAAUCAGACAAGCGAGGUUCUGCAAAGCCGAACGAGGAUGCAUCAGCUGCCUCACCUGUGUUGUCAGGCGCCAUGGCCAACAAUGUGGAGGUAACUAAUUGGCACACAGAGGGAGAAAAUGUCAUGAAUCUCCAGAGUAAAGAACGUAGGUCCUAAGUAACAGAUUUUUUCAAGAGGGUCAUCAAAAAGGGCCAUGCUUUAUGAAAGCUGAUGAAGUCUGAACUCGGAAGAAACCCCUUCAAUGAGGCAAAAACUGAUAACACUUUCGGUUUUGCAUGCUAUGUGGCCACCUUCAUAUAUGCAGAAUCUUGAUUAGUAGAGUUUGAGUCAUGUUAGAGUUGUUACUGUUUUGUUCGAGUGUAACAUUUCACUCCACUCAACUGUACAAAACCAUGGAGGUCAAGAACAUUUUUUUUUGC